AAAUUUUAUAUGAGUACUAUAACAAAGCUUAGACCAAAAAGAAACCUCAUUACGAUAGUAUUUUUAUUCUAAUUCUAGAGUGAUAAAGCUGCCGAAAGAAUCACAGAGCUAAUGAAAUAAUAGAAUAAUCCAGCAAUUGAUGCAGUCAAAAUAGGAGUUAGGAAGCGAGGCUGUAAUGGAUUAUCAUACACAAUGAACUAUUGUUCUGGACCUGAUAAAUUAGAUGAAGUAGUCGAAGCAAAAGGUUGUUAUCUACUAAAACCCUAGGCGUGAAGGUUAUCGUUGAUUCCAAAGCUGUGAUGGUGCUAGUAGGAACUGAAAUGGAUUACGUAGAAGACGACAUUAAAAGUGAGUUUGUCUUUAAGAAUCCAAAUCAAAAAGGCCAAUGUGGUUGCGGAGAGAGUUUUCAUAUUUGAC